ACAGUUCUCCUAAUUUGGGAAGUGUCAGGCCGGGAGGGGCGUCGGGUUGGCCGGAUUUUGUGUGCGCCUGCGCGAUCGCUGGGACAGGGUGUGUUCCUGCUGCCGGAUCCUGUAUUUGACUGAUCCAGUUCAUCGCUCUCCACCCGAGUUUUCCCUGCAGGUCCCCAAGCACACUCCACCAGGUGUUGCUCUCUGCGAACAUGUCCAAGUCUCUGAAGAAGCUGGUGGAGGAGAGCAGGGAGAAGAACCAGCCGGAAGUGGACAUGAGUGACAGGGGUAUCUCCAGUAUGCUGGAUGUCAACGGCUUGUUCUCCUUAGCCCAUAUCACACAACUGGUCCUCAGUCACAACAAGCUAACGACUGUGCCACCAAACGUAGCAGAGCUGAAGAACUUGGAGGUACUUAACUUCUUCAAUAACCAGAUCGAGGAACUGCCCACCCAGAUCAGCAGCCUUCAGAAACUCAAACACCUGAACCUUGGCAUGAACAGGUUGAACACACUGCCUCGAGGAUUCGGCUCGCUCCCGGCUCUGGAGGUCCUGGACUUGACGUAUAACAACCUGAAUGAACAUUCUCUUCCGGGAAACUUCUUCUACCUCACCACCCUGCGUGCACUCUAUCUAAGCGACAACGAUUUUGAAAUCCUGCCUCCAGAUAUUGGGAAGCUCACAAAGUUGCAGAUACUCAGCCUCAGGGAUAAUGACCUGAUCUCACUGCCUAAGGAAAUCGGGGAGCUGACACAGCUGAAGGAGCUCCACAUUCAGGGGAACCGCCUGACCGUUCUGCCUCCAGAGCUAGGCAACUUGGAUCUAACCGGUCAGAAGCAGGUCUUCAAAGCCGAGAACAACCCCUGGGUUACCCCAAUUGCCGAUCAGUUCCAGCUCGGCGUCUCCCAUGUUUUCGAAUAUAUCCGUUCAGAAACAUACAAGUACCUCUACGGCAGACACAUGCAAGCAAACCCAGAGCCUCCAAAGAAGAACAAUGACAAAUCAAAGAAGAUCAGCCGGAAACCCCUUGCAGCCAAGAACAAAUGAGGAGCAGGCAGACAGAGCAGACCCAGAAGAGUUAAGGAAAGAGUUGUCUGGCCUCCCUUGCUCUGUCCUGCAAAUAGAUGCAGCGUGCUGGUGCCUACUUUUCUUUUUUAAAGAAAAUCCUUUUCCCUUUUCACCUCCCAGUGCUUGAACCCAGCCCGACUUUUGCACCUUUGAAAUUCUUGUGGUAGGUGGUGCAGUUUUUAUAAAGUCUUACAUUCCUUCUCAUUUGUUUCCUUAAAAUUGCCCAAGGCAGAAAACAAAGCUCUCAUUCUCCUGCAAAUUCCAUGGUAGGCACAGGCUUCAGUUCCUUGAAUAAACGUCACAAGGCUGCUUAUUAUCAAAAGAAUAAUUAAAAUCAUGUAACCACUUAAAUGUCACAGUUAACACUUUUCAUUCUUUCUGUUUAUUCAUAUAACUCAUUAUUGUGCCUUAUUAAAAAAUCUUCCCUCACCGCCAAGCUAUUAUGUUCAUUUAACUUACAAAUGAUUUAAUAAAAUCUUGAAUUUAUAUCACACCUUUCUUCUUGACUAAAAUAAAAGAAAUAACUUAGUA